UGAAUAUGCUGUGUAUCCCGGGAGAGUGGCAGUGUGGACAUGCUUUCCUUCUUGAUGAGCAAAAAGUGUUGCAUCUUGCAGUUCAAAUAAGGAAUAAGGAAAUGGUAUGCAUCUUGGUCAAGAAGUUUGGAGCUGAUCCACUGAUCAAGGAUCAAAGUGGGAAAACGGCUGUGGAUUGAGCAAGGUGCAUCGGUGACACUGCUAUCUGUAGACAGCUUGAUCCGACAUAUAGACAAUGCCGGAUUGUCUAGUCAGCCGGGAUAAUCUAGUUAUAUGAGGCUCUGAACCGGGAUAGCAUGAAGUUCUUUUUGCUUGGUAUCUUUAAUCUUAUUUUUAUGCUGUUGAUUCUUCUGUACUGCCGUGGCGAAGGAUAUUCUGAUCGCUCUGGGCUGCUCAGGGAGCCAAAAGCGGCGUGAAGUCGGGAAAACAUCUACAAUAGCUCUCCCGCGAACCAACUUUUUCCUCCUCACCUC